GGUGACGCCGACCACAGGAAACUCUUCUUCCCGGAAAGAAACAAAGCAACUGCAAAAAUGGCUAAAUUCUUCACGCCAGUUCAAAUCAAUGAGUUCAAGGAGUGCUUCUCCUUGUAUGAUAAGAAGCAAAAGAGCAAGAUUGUUGCCAAAGACCUGAUCACAGUUAUGCGCUGCCUGGGAACAAGCCCAACGUUCGGUGAAAUCGAAAGACAUCUACAAGUUCACAAAAUCGAAAAGACAGGUGAGCUGGACUUCUCUACGUUUCUGACGAUGAUGCACAGACAGAUGCAACAGGAAGACCCCAAGGCAGAAAUCUUGGAGGCCUUGAGGAUGACGGACAAACAGAAGAAAGGAUUCAUCCAGGCAUCCGAGCUCCGGGCCAAGCUCACCAAGUUGGGGGAGAAACUCACGAACAAAGAAGUGGACGAACUCUUCAAAGAGGCAAACGUCAAGUCAAACGGGACCAUCAACUACGAGGAGUUCACCCAGAUGGUGACGCUGCCGCCUGUCGAUUACUGA